UCUGGCUUGCAGGAAGUGAGGGAGCUUGGUGAAGCUAAAACAGGAACUUGGGCGCAGCUCUCCCUUGCAGCAGAGACGGGUCCUAAGCAGCCGGGAGGCCGUGGACUGAGGUUCCCUAUCCAAGAUGUGGAAGGCCUCGGUGGGCCACAGCGUGUCUGUGAAGGCGGAGGCUCCAGGAGACGAUUGGGACACCGACCCAGAUUUUGUGAAUGACAUCUCAGAGAAAGAGCAGAGGUGGGGGGCCAAAACCAUCGAAGGCUCUGGCCGCACAGAGCACAUUGACAUCCACCAGCUGAGGAGCAAAGUAUCUGAAGAACACCAGGUUCUCAAGAAGAAAGAGCUGGAGUCGGGCCCCAAAGCAUCUUAUGGUUAUGGGGGCAAGUUUGGAACUGAGAAGGACCGCAUGGACAAGAGUGCACUGGGCCAUGAGUACGUCGCUGAGGUCGGGAUGCAUUCGUCUCAGACAGAUGCAGCCAAGGGCUUUGGAGGGAAGUACGGGGUGCAGAAGGACCGAGCAGACAAGUCAGCGCACGGCUUCGACUACAAGGGUGAAGUGGAAAGGCACGCAUCCCAGAAAGAUUAUGCCAUGGGCUUUGGUGGGAAGUUUGGUGUCCAGAAGGACCGUCAGGACAAAUCUGCCUUGAGCUGGGCACACAAGGAGGAAGUGGCACCCCAUGAGUCCCAGACAGAUUAUGCCGUGGGCUUUGGUGGGAAGUUUGGUGUCCAGAAGGACCGUCAGGACAAAUCUGCCUUGAGCUGGGCACACAAGGAGGAAGUGGCACCCCAUGAGUCCCAGACAGAUUAUGCCAUGGGCUUUGGUGGGAAGUUUGGCGUCCAGAAGGACCGUCAGGACAAAUCUGCCUUGAGCUGGGCACACAAGGAGGAAGUGGCACCCCACGAGUCCCAGACAGAUUAUGCCGUGGGCUUUGGUGGGAAGUUUGGCGUCCAGAAGGACCGUCAGGACAAAUCUGCCUUGAGCUGGGCACACAAGGAGGAAGUGGCACCCCACGAGUCCCAGACAGAUUAUGCAAAGGGCUUUGGAGGCCGCUAUGGGGUGCAGAAGGACAGGGUGGACAAGAGUGCUGCCGGUUUCAGUGAGAUGGAAGCCCCGGCGUCCUCCUAUGAGAAGACCAAGCCUGUGGAGGCUGCUUCUGGAAGUGCUGGCAGCCUGAAGCAGCGCUUCGAGAACAUGGCCAAGUCCACCGAUGAAGAGAACAGGAAGCGGGUGGAGGAGGAGCGAACGCGCCGCCAGGCCCGGGAGCAGCGAGAGCGCCAGCAGGCUCAGGAGCAGCAGAAGGUAACCCAGAAGAGCAAACUGCCAACCUGUGACGGUCCAGAGGAGGAACUCUUACCGGAGUCCAUCAAGGUGGGCCAAGAGGCCAGCCUCCCACCUGCACCAGCAGUAUACCAGGGAGCAGCAGAGGAGCCGGAGGAGCAGCCCCCUGCCCUCCCCCCGCGCCACCUGGACUUGGAUGAAGGUGCCCGAGGUCUGCCCAAAGCCCCGCCCGUGCAGCCCCCCUUCCACACGGAGACUGCAGACAGCAGCAAUGAUUACGAGGACGUCUCUGAGCCCCUGGGCCACUGGGAACAGCCUCCAGGCGUCAAGGAGGAGGAUGGUGAGGGGGACUACGAAGAGAUGCCGGGGUCCUCCUUUGCGGACAACGAGCCGAUCUACGAUGACUCUGCCGAUGUGGGACAGGACUACGAGGAGAUCCCAGACAGGAAGCCCCGCAGCUGUGGGGCAGAAAGGGAAGGGCCUGUGUACGAGGUGGGUGAGACCAGCUUGUCGGCCGUGGCCCUCUAUGAUUACCAGGGAGAUGGGGAUGACGAGAUCUCCUUCGACCCUGGCGACACCAUCACAAGCAUCGAGCAGGUGGACGAGGGCUGGUGGCGUGGGCACUGCCGUGGCCGCACGGGCCUUUUCCCGGCCAAUUAUGUGGAACUCCUGCAGUGAGGCCCACCCUCUCCGUGCUGCUCCCCAGGCCCCAGUCCAGCUCGGGGGUGAGGGGGAUCGGGAGGACAGAGGGGGGCUUCCUGGCUCUCACUUCCUAACGGAGCCCCUGGGGUGAUGAUCAAAUGCUUUCCCUCCAACAGCGCAGCACCAUUGGAAUCGGGUUACUGGAGCCUCAGCAGCUUCCCCGCCUGCCGCUCCAGGCCUGGGGCAAUUUUCUGAGCUUUUGCAGUCUGCAUCCAGAGCUGUUCAGUUCCUGGUGGGGGAUGUCCCCAGAGAGUCCCUUUGUGGGCACCACAGAUGGUCACAGAAUCGACACACAGCAAGUCAAGGCCAAGAGUGCACGGAAGGAUUAAUGUCCAGAGGAGUGAGCCGUGUUAGUCUGUAGUUACAAAAUAGUAAAGAGUCCAGUAGCACCUUUAAGACUAACC